CAGCAUACGCGCAAUCGGUCUUAGUAGAGAUACGUUGGUGUGUUGUGCUCCUAGCUGUAGCCUAUGCCUCUCUCGCAGUAGAAAUGGGGCCAAUUGGAGAGGAGCUGAGAUAGUCGAACAAUAUACAGUCCGUCAAGCAGUAGAAAAUUAGCAGCGAUUCCUGAAACGAUAAGUGGUCCUGAAUAAAGUGUGUUACGUUUACUGGCUCUAUACACAGACUGCUAAUAGAGUUAAACCAUCUGAGUUUAUGUGCAUUCGGACUUGUUUUGCAUAGUUCACGCAUGUGUCGAUGUUGUAUAUAUGAUUAUAUACAAAAACUUACAAAAUUAGACGAACAGCUCCAGCUUUAGCUUUUCAAGUGAAUAUUAAGUCGUAGAACGCUUUUUUUAUUUGCAUCACCUAAAGCUAUAUAGGAUACUCCAUAUCGGAUAAAGCGUGAAAAUGCACCUCUUAAACAGGGGUAAAGUUUUACAAAUGGCUAACAACCAUUUAAAAAGAAUUUCCAGUCAUAGGUUAUCGACAUCGACUACAAUUUCCAACGAACCUUCAAAACCGUUUACUGAGAUUCCAAGAAUGCUUCGUCUUCCAUAUUUUGGUAGCAGUUGGAUAUAUUGGCCUCUGAUCGGUGGAUAUGACCCGGAUAAACCGCACCACGUGGCCAGAGAUAUUUACAAGAAACACGGAAGGAUCGUUGUUGAAUACCUUGGAGGACGGUAUCCUCUCGUGCACCUUUUUGAUGCUGAUGAUAUUGAGACGCUGUAUCAAUCAGAGGGUCGAACGCCUUUCCGCGUCGGCAGUGCAGCCUUUAAGAAGUACCGCUCCAGUAGACCACAGUGGUAUCAUAAUAUCGGAUAUCUCACCAUGCAAGGAGAAGAAUGGUACAACUAUAGGUCAAAGACCCAGCCCUAUACCCUAAAGCCGCGCACAAUUAUGUCAUACGUGCCCAGCAUGAACGACGUUGCUGAAGAAGCGCUGGAGCUGAUCCGUGACUACCAGAGUCGAUUCGGACCUGGACAGUGGAAUUGCCUUCGUCUGCUCUACAAAUGGUCCCUAGAAAGCGUAUUAUAUGUCGCUCUAGAUAAGCGACUACAGUGCAUGAAUACAGAGUUGACCGAGGGAUGCGACGCAGAUCGCGUCCUUAAAUCAAUGGACGUAAUAUUUGAGUGUUUGCAAAUCUUUGGCUAUCGCCUACCGUUCUGGCGGUACUUUCGCACGCCUAGUUGGAAGCGCUUCGAGGCCGCUAUGGAUGACUUUACCGAGGUUAUCUUUCGGAAUAUAAAGGACGCCCGAAAAACUCCAGCUGAAGGCAGAGAAAUGACAAUACUUCAACAUAUGCUUAGCCGUGACGAUCUGCUUUAUGAAGAUAUCGUUGCACUUAUGAGCGACUUUCUACUAGGAGGCGCAGAUACGACUUCAAACACAGCAUCUUUUCUUCUAUAUAAUAUGGCUAUAAAUCCAGAAGCACAGGAAAGAGCCUACAAGGAGGCUUCGUGCUUAAUGGAGGGCCGUCCAAGCAAGGAUGUUAUAGCCGAUGACCUCAACAGAAUUCCGUACAUCAAGGCUUGCCUAAAAGAAUCUCUUCGCUUAUUUCCGUCGAUUACUGGGGUUUACCGUAAGUUUGACAAGGAUGUUACCAUGUCAGGAUAUUGUAUUCCCAAAGGGACUGUGGUGUUCGCAAACUUUUAUAUCACUGGUCGCAAUUCAUCACACUUUGUUGAUCCUGAGCAUUUCCGGCCAGAACGCUGGAUGAAUAAGACCGACAGCCACGCUUACGCCUCUCUUCCCUUCAGCUUUGGGCCUCGUAUGUGCCUUGGACGGAGAGUUGCUGAACUUGAGCUGUGGACGUUAAUGAUCAAGUUGAUGCUUAAUUUUCGGCUGGAAUAUAAAGGGCCUCCCCUUGACUUCAGAGGAAAACUCGUCAACACACCGGAUCGAGACUUGAACAUUAUCUUCAAUCCAAGGAACUGAGUUGCCGCUAUAGUAGUACUAAAUAAAUAGCACUCCAAUCAUGAAAACCCGAUGCUUUUAGCUAGAUGAACAAUACUCAUUUUAAAAUUAAGUACCUAAUGUAGCAACAAAAAAUUGCAUUAAUAGUUUAAAAGCAGACAAGGUCUUUAAUUUUUAAAGGGAAUUCAUGAUCAACAGGCUUGCAAUGGCCACUCUUGCUGCAAUUUAAUACAAAAGCUGUACAAGGAAAACAUGAGAGCUGUGCAAUACAAACGCACUUCCAUUCAAGAGACUGUGGAAGAACUGUGAAUUGUUAAGUACCUUAGUAGCUCAGGCGUACAGCCAAGUAUUUUAGAUUUUCGCUCUUAACUAAGGCCCUUAGGUAAUAAGUUGAAAUGGCACGAAAGGGCCUUGAUCGAAACUGUGCAAUAAAGACCGCAUCUUUUAUUAAAAAAAAAAAACGUUAGCCAAGGAUUAUAGGUAUUUAACGAAGAAUACUCAACCAGUAGAAAAUUGUAUGAGAAUCAAGAACUCGCCUACGCUUGCUUAGGCUAGGGAUCUAGUAUGCAUAACGACGAUUGCGUUUUAAAAUGGGUUAGCUGCUGAUGUAAAUCAUGGACGAGCCUUCAAAUACAGAUCCUGCGCGCUUGAAGAUAGGGUACAACUGACGUGGCCAUCUAUCAUUCAGGUGAGACGAUUUUAAGACUGAUCGCUGACAAAAGAUAUAUGAGAAUGUCCUUUACCUUUGGACAACUAUAUUAUCUAAAACGAACGCGGCCGAUUUACCGAAAUAAACUUUAUUUAUAUGCGUGGAUAUGUUUAUUAAAAGGUACAUUAAAAACAACUGCGUCUGAGUUGUAAAAUCCAGUAGAACAGAGAAACCUUCAAAAUGCGCAUUGUAUAUUUACAUAGAUAUAAUAAAUGUGCUUUAACGAUAGUUUUUGGAACGAUAAUUCCGAGUCUUUUAUUUUGACUUUAGUACUAUUAAUCAGUCCUGUAAUCCAAUGUGAGACCUUAACGAGUUUGAGUUCAUAAACCUCAUAUUAUAUAAAAUGCGUUCUGUUAUUCAAGUGCAGCCUUCAGCACUCAAGUCUAGUGUAUAAGAGAAGGCGUAUUGGUGUUAACGUCCUCACGAGUAUGCGAUUCAGCGAAUGUCUGUUUGUGUCAAUGACUGAGA